AUGCCUGUCCCUACCACUCUUUCACACAAACACCACGACGAAAUCGAGGAUCAAGGUUUCACCGUUGUUCGCAACUUUUUAACGCAUCAAGAAAUUGACAGAUACACUAAAGCCAGUGAAGAUUUAGUCGACUAUGCACGUGCUGGAAAUUGGCCCAAUGUAAGAACCAGAGGCAAGCAAUUCCCACCCUGGCCCAAGAAUUUCAGCCCUGAUAUCUGGGGAAUUUCCGGUUUACUUCAUCCUGACUUGGGUGAAUUAUCGUAUCCAUUCCAUGAUCUUUAUGCCAACGACAAGAUUUUGACUUUGGUUUCGGAUAUUUUGCAAAUUGAAAAACUGGAAAUAUCAAUGGAGUUGUUGAAUAUGUUGAUUAAUCCAUUGACUGAUUUCGAGUUGGAUUGGCAUCGUGAUACAAUCAAACCGGACGUUACACCUGAGGAGGAAGCGAAGGAGUUGUUGGAGUACCCUUUCGCUGGCGCUCAAUUUAAUUUGGCAUUGACUAAUGAUGAUUGUCUUAUUGCAGUUCCUGGAUCUCACAAGAGAGUGCGUACACAAGAGGAAAGAGACAAGACUGUUGAUGAAUCGAGAAGACAGGAGUUUAUCUCUGGUCAAGUUACUGUCAAUUUGAAACCUGGAGAUAUUGUGUUUUAUAACAACAAUAUCUUGCAUCGUGCUGCGUAUUCGUCAAAGAAUAAGAGAUUGACUUUACAUGGAUCCUAUGGGAAUGUUGAAUAUGGCAAAGCUAGAGCCAAGGGAGUUUUGCAGCAUGGUGUAGCUGAAUGGUUGCCUCGUUUACAGCCAAAGAACCUGGACUUGGCAAUGUUGAAACUGAAGUUGGUUGAUUUGGCAAGAGAGUUUGAAGGUGUGAAUAUGGGAUACGCUUUGGAUGGAUAA